AUGGCCAAGCGAAAGCGCCCCGCCUUUUAUGCCGUACGCGCAGGACGUGUACCAGGCGUAUAUACCAGCUGGGACGAAUGUGAGAAACAAGUCAAAGGGUUUUCCCUCGCACGGUUCAAGGGCUUUGCUUCGAGAGAAGAAGCGGAGCAAUUUGUGCUGGGCGUCGAGUCGGCGGACGAAACACCGCCUGCUUCUACACAGACGGGGCCGGACAAAUACAUUCCGCCGCCAGAAAGCCAGGCGGACGAGCAGGAAGAUGAUCCUGACCCUGCGCUAGAAGAAGCGAUGCAGGCUUGGAAUGACGAUAGCGAUCCCGGGACUUUUCUGGACGUAUACACAGACGGAUCAUCGCAUGGCAAUGGCCGUGGUAAAGCCUGUGCAGGCUAUGGGAUCUACUGGGCAGAUACACGCUAUACCCACUUAAAUCGUGCUAAACGACUGCCUGGCAGCCCGCAAACCAACAAUCGGGCCGAGCUCACCGCCAUCUUGGAAGCCAUCCGGCUCCAUCCCCAUCAAGCACAAACGUUGCGGAUCUACACGGAUAGUAGUUACGCUAUCCGCGGCAUCACGCAAUGGAUGCCUGGAUGGGAGGCCAACGGCUGGAAAACCGUCACCAACAAGCCGGUGGAGAAUCAGGAUUUGUUCGUGCAGAUCCGCGAUGCAAUGAAGCAAUGUCGCCAUCGUCCCGUGCUCGUUCAUGUCAAGGGUCAUGCGGGGAAUCAUGGAAACAGUAUGGCCGAUGCCCUGGCCAACCAAGGCGCAGAUAUGCCACCUGUGGACUCUGACGUCCCGAUGAUGGCCCCAUUCGCACCUGCCAAACGUAGAAAAAUAAAUUGA